UGUCCAUGCUACUUUAAGUUAGUUUCCUGAAUCGCCGCAGCCCGCGACUGUAGCAGAGGGCUUUGGCGCGAAGAGCCCGAGGGAAGCUCCUCGAGGGCGGCGGCUGGCGAGCGCCGGUGGCGGCGGGAGAGGCGGGGUGAAAGAGAAGCUAUGCAGAGACCAGAGUGCUCUGGGGGUGUGCAGUUGAGAAGCAGAGCAACAGGUAAUAAUGAGCAACGCACAUCCUCAAGCACACAAAUGAAACACAGGUCUACAGCUCAGCGGAGCAAAUCCUCCUCAUUAGCCAGUUCUCCAGAGGCUGCAAGAAGGGCUCAUCCUCGGCCAAGUGAUAAACUCAACCCUAAAACCAUUAACCCUUUUGGUGAACAGCCACGGGCCCCUUCUGCAUUCGCAGCUAUUUACUCUCAAGGAGGCAUUCCUUGCAGAUUGGUACAUGGCUCAGUAAAACACAGAUUACAGUGGGAAUGCCCGCCUGAAAUUCUUCCAUUUGACCCACUUCUAAUUACACUAGCUGAGGGUCUGAGGGAGACCAAGCAUCCUUAUACUUUUGUGUCAAAGGAAGGCUUUAGGGAGUUACUUCUGGUCAAGGGUGCUCCUGAAAAAGCUGUCCCUUUGCUACCUCGACUGAUCCCUGUGCUGAAGGCAGCUUUAGUUCAUUCUGAUGAUGAAGUGUUUGAAAGAGGACUGAGCGCACUCGUGCAGCUGAGCGUGGUUGUUGGCCCGUCUCUGAAUGGCCAUCUGAAACUUCUGCUUACAAGUCUUUCGAAGAGGCUAAUGGACAAAAAAUUCAAAGAGCCCAUCACCAGUGCUUUGCAGAAGCUGGAGCAGCACGGCGGAAGUGCAAGUCUUAUCAUCAUCAAAUCCAAAAUCCCAACAUAUUGCUCUAUCUGCUGUUGAAUAAGGGAGAGGCAGCAAAGGCCACGCUGCUUCCUCAGGUGCUGACAGUGGCUGCCUGGACUUUUUGUCAGUUCAGUUCAUUCCGACUGAAUGGCAUUGGCGGCGGGGACCAUGCCAAGUCCAGAAGAGUCAUCAUACAAGAUGCUUGUCAACAAAAAGCUAAUUAAAGUAAUGUGCAUAAAAGUUGAGUGCUGUAGGGGUUUCUCAUCCAUCAUACCUAUGUGUGUAUGUUCCAAUGCAUUUUUACUUACAGACCAUCUGAAGAUCACUUUGUAGCUGAGCCUUAUUUUAUUGGUUUUUAUAUUUAUCAAGACUGAAAAAGUUUUAAGAUAGCAGGUAAACAUUUGUGACUGAAUUAUUAGCCAGGAUGUGUAAAUGUGUAUUUUAUAAUGUGGGAAUGCUAUUACAAGUUUGUUGUUUAUUACAACUUUUUAAACUACCUAAACUUUAGGUGUUAAUUGUAAUUAAGUAAAUGCUAUUUUUGCAUUUUGUAGUCCCAAAAUACUGAUGAUAAUGAUACAUGUGUGUAUAUAUAUACACAAAAACACAGAUAUUCAGAAAUUAAAAUCUCAAGUUACAUGUA